CCAAGAAAAUGUCACAAUAAUAUUUCGAUGUAGCCCCUAGCAACCCGUGUAUACAAGUUUCGUUAUAGAUUUUAGCAGCAAAAUACUCUUUUAAGAAUGUCGACGAAAGCGACUCCCAAGUCAUCCAAAACUUCAAAAUCAAAUAAAGGUGCCCAGUCGGUGAAGCAUGAAAGUGACGAUUCUGAUUCUACCGAAGUAAUUUCAUCGUCUGACGAAGAAGAUCAUUGGAAAGAAACAGCCCGGUCGCAGGAGUUGCCAGCUGAUUAUUACAACAUUCAGAAAUUGGUUAAGUACAUCAAGGCUGGCAAUCCGACCGCAACCAUUGUGUCGUUGUGCUGCUUAAAGGAUUACGAACUCAAAUUGCCGAUAAAUCAAUUUGCUAUCCAGGAUAUCGGUGGCCUGGAGGUCCUGGUCAAUUUGCUGGAGAGCAACGAUUUGAAAUGUCGAUUGGGCGCACUGCAUAUUCUCGCCGAAAUCUCUAUGAAUUCCGACAUUAGGAAGAGUAUCUUGGACUUGGACGGAAUUCCAUUGCUGGUUAAAAUUCUCUCUGAACCAGCAGUGGAUUUAAAAACCAUUUCGGCUGAAACGAUUGCCAACGUGAGUAAAAUUCGUUUAGCCCGAAAGCAUGUACGAAAGUGCGGAGGAAUACCGAAAUUAGUCGAUUUACUGGAUGUGAAAAUGGAAUACCUUACCACACCUCGUAAUAAGUUAAACGAAGAUCAAUUGGAGUACUUGAAUAUGGCACGUGCUGGCGCUAAAGCUUUAUCUUCUUUGUCCGAGUCACGACAUAACAUUGAAGCUAUGCGAAAGUAUGGACUCGUGCCGUUGAUGGCACGCUUACUGAAGAGUAUUCAUUUCGAUGUAGUUGUCAAUAUGAUGUCCACGUGUCAACAAUGCGCAACGCAACCAUCCUAUCAGUUAGCAAUCACCACUGAAGGAAUGAUACCCGAUAUCGUUGGCCAUUUGAGCUCAGACGAUUUGGAAUUGAAAAUGCAGUGCAGUCGAGCAAUUUUUAAAUGUGCAAAUGACAAGACGGCUAGUGAUUUAGUCAGAGAAUCCAAUGGGUUAGAUCCUUUAGUGGCCAUAGUAAAGGAGAAAAACUACCGGGAAAACAAGCCUCUAAUUGCAGCUGCUACUGGUGCAAUAUGGAAAUGUGCUGCUAUCGAAAAGAGUGUAAAACAACUGGACAAUCUACGUACUGUUCAAAUAUUGGUUCAACUUUUAAACGACGAAAACGACGAGGUGCUCACAAAUGUUGUCGGCGCAAUAUCCGAAUGUGUACGCUUUCAAAAUAAUCGCGAAACACUUCGUGUAACUGGCGGCCUUCCACUAAUAGUCAAUUUACUAAAUGGAACCCACGCUCCUCUGCUGGAAAACUGUUCUAAGGUCUUGACGGAAUGUGCAAAAGAUCCGGAAAGUAUGGCCAUUUUAGAGGAAAUGGAUGCUGUUCGCUUAAUUUGGUCACUUUUGAAAAAUCCUAAUCCUCGAGUUCAAGCCUACGCUGCAUAUGCAUUGUGUCCGUGCAUUGAAAAUGCUAAAGAUUCUGGCGAUUUAGUGCGAAGUUUAGUUGGUGCCAUGGAACUGGUUGUCGGAUUAAUGAAAUCGACCGAUACCUUGGUUCUGUCCGCAGUAUGUUCCGCAAUAGCAACAAUUGCUAAGAAUAAGGAGAAUUUGGCAAUAUUAUCCGAUCACAAAGUUAUUUACAUGUUAGCAGAUCUGGUGCAUACAAAAGACGAUCUCCUGCGGGAAAAUCUUGCGGCAGCCAUUGCCAGUUGUGCGCCUCACGGCACCAAUACUCAGGAAUUGGGAAGGUUGAGAACUGUGACACCAAUCGUCGGAUACAUGGUUAGCUCAAAUCCUAGAGUGCAUCGUACCACUGCAAUGGCACUACAUAGACUGUCAGAAGACUCACAAAACUGUAUAACUAUGCAUCAGAGUGGCGUUGUACCAUUUCUUUUGGAAACGGUAGGAUCCAAAGACAGAGAACUUCAAGAGGCAUCAGCUGGUUGCCUACAAAAUAUAAGAAAGCUUGCGCUUCGAGCUGAAGAAUUUACUGCGAGACGUUGAAAAAACAAUUUUUCGUAGGCGACAUGGCUUACUCUAAAAUUCAUCGCAAAAUUGUAUUUUUGACCGAUGCAUACCUACUACAGGAAUAAUAAUAAAUUCUUAUU